CCGCACACACACACCCACACCCACACCCACACCCGAAAUUCUUGCUUUUUGCUUCAUUUUUAUGGUAUAUUCUCCAAAAUAUGUUGAUCAAAACUCAAUCUCUUCUUGCCUUCUUUUAAACUAAUGUUCACAAAGUAGAUAUACAAAUUGUUAAAUAGUAUUGGAAUGAUUUGAGAUUAACCACAUCUGAGAGAAUAUUCAUCAAUUUUUUAAAGUAAUACUCAAACAUCAUUAUAAUAUAGAUUAUGAGUUUGAAAAUCAGAAAUUACUUCAAUUUUUUUACUUCAGUUUAUUAUUUAAUAUCAUUUAAGUCGAAAAUGUUCUGAUUUAAUUGCGUGUACAUGAUUCACUAUCAGUAAACCACUCAGGUGAAUCGUGUUGUUAGUAAUGUAUAUAUCUUUUGUAAUUACGUUCGCGGGGUAUUGCAUAGCAAAAACGAAUUAAGAAAAAGGUAAAAACCAAGUCAAUGUAAAAUGAGUAAGAAACGUAUUACGUCGCUUUGUUGGAAAAGUAAAAGUCAUUUGACAGAAUAAGCAGAAGCUCAACACACAGGUUUCUCCAUUUAUGCUAUUUUAUUCAUUACGUCGCAGUGAGUAGCUUCUAGAAUAAUAUCGAAAGCAAAAAUAAGUUUAUUAAAUAAAACAAGUGUAAUAUCCAAAAUGUUUACACAAUGGAUACAAUUGGCAAUUGAUAGGAAUAAUGCAACUUCUUUUGCAGAUAAUCAAUUAAUAAAUGUUUAUGAGUUCGUAGCUCAUGUAUUUCUUUUCUGUUCCCUAUUUAAUGUAUGCAGAUUUCUUUCUAUUGCAUAAUUAAUUUACUUAGUUUUUUUCCUAGAUAUCAUGCAUUAUAUUUAGCUAAUGCGGAACGAACGAUGAAGUACUACCAUAAAGUAAUUAAGGUUUUGACGAGAAAAAGUGUAAGAAUGCCAUAGAUUCAGCAUUAAAACAUUCAUGUCAGUGAUCAUGACAGCGAAAAUCUCCGCAUCUUCUAGUACUAUUUGUAAGUCAAUUUGGAAUUCUUCGAACCAAGUAAUAAUCAAAAAUAUUUUAGAAUAAAGAUCAUUGAAGUAAAGUACAAGGCAUCAAUGGAAAGUAGUUAUGUUUCGUGUCAUACAUUAAUAUCUAGGAGAGACAGACACUAGCUAGAUUCUAUCUAGAAUUUUCUCUGAAAGAAUAGUCGAGAUAAGUCUGAUAUUGACUGAAAAUUUUGCAUGCGACAUCUUCGUGUAACAACAUAUGUUUUUCCAAUCUCUUCGUGUUAACCUAAUAGUUGUUUUCAAAUUUUAUGAAUUCGAUUAAUUUCUAUGAUUUUGAGCACAAUUUUUUUCAUUCAUGUACAUGCAUUGAAUGAUGUGGAAACAAAACAUCUUUCUGUUAUUUAUAUUAGUUAGUUGCAUUAAUUCAAUAACAUGGAGUUCACGAAGUCAAUGAAUUGAUUAAUAAUUCAAAUCUUUGAUAUUUUCUAAUAGGAAAGUUUUAUCUAUGAUAUUAGUUAAGAUAUAUUUGGGUUUAUUCAAUAUACUAGCUUUAAAGAAAAAAAGAAUUUCGAUCACAUAGAAAUUUACAGCGCUGAGUACACAAUUUUGGAUCUUAAUAGAGUGUGCUAUGGUAUAGCCAAAAAAACAUGCAGCAAGUCAUAGAUGAAUGCUUUGGACAGCUAAAAAUAUUGUAUUGGUUUUUCUCGAAAUUGAGUCAAGUGGUUAUAUAUUUCAUCGAAGGUAUGAAAAAUACAGAGAUAUAGGAUACAUAGAAGGUAUAGAAGAGAUGAUAUACUCUAGCAAAAAAUUUGGUCUUCUUCGAGACAAUACAUCACAAUAGGCUAUGGAAACGAUGAUUAAAACACAUAAUCAAAGAUCAUUAGACAACAUAAUGGCAAAUUUCUUACACUUCUCGAUAAAAAGCAUAGAAAACUUUGCAAUAUUUGAAAUAAAACGUUGUCGUAAACGAAGAAAAUUAGGUGAACUGAUGUCAAGUGCAUAGAAAGAAGAAAAAACACAUUUAGAUGUAUCUAGGAUUUCUUUGCUUAAUUCUUGGUAUACUUUUCUGGAAUUGAUUCAACUACUUGCAUAAUCUUUUUGUUUACUUGAACAUCGUUCUUAUAGUUCAAACAAAAUGUUAUAUAUCUAAUUAUAUUGAUUAUGCACAUGUUAAUAUAUCUUUCUUGUAGAAUAUGUUAGAUAGAUAGAAAUAUUAUAGGUAUCAGAGUUGAUAUCAGUAAUUAUUCCUUUAUAUUAUUUAUUUUAUUGCUAUACUUCGUGGUAUGAAUGGACUGAAAUUCCUCAUGAACGCCAUUAGUUUUUUCUUGAUAUCGAACAUCACGAAUGAAUAAUGAUCACAGUUGGUUAAUUUCCAAUGUCUUGCACUUGUUUGAUUUGCACUAGAGAAUUCUUGACUUGACAGAAUAGAGAAACAAACAUGGAAAAAAAGUUCCAUUUCCCCAAACUAUGAUAAUGAAUGAUUCUUUAAUUUAUUCAUUUCUAUUUCAGUCGAAAAGUAAACUCACAUUAUUAUUAGUGUCACCAAAACUGAGUUGUUGUUGGUUGGCAUACAAUGACGAUCGCAUCGCAUCGUAGGGUUUUCUUUUAUUUAUUAAUUUUGAUAGCAAUAUUAGUCCCAUUGCGAUCCAUACAUGCGCAAGGUGCAGGUGGUGGAGGUGGAGGCGGAGGAGGAGGUGGUGGAGGUGGAGGUGGCGGAGGUGGUGGCGGUGCAGGUGGCGGAGUUGGAGGUGGAGGCGGUGGCUCAGGUAAUUCUUCAUGUUGUCAAGAUCUUAAGAAUCUUUGCCAUUCGAUCUCCACUUGCAAAUGCUGUCGAACAAUACCACACCGAUCGAACCCAACUAGUCUUGCGCUGACUGCACUACCACGUACAAUGCAAUCUUCAAAUACAAAUACGAAAUCACCUUCCCCACCACAUCCUACACAGCCUCUCAUAUUACACAUGGAACAUCCUCCUAUUUCUCAGACUGAACUGUCUUCAAUUGUGCAGGAUGCAUCACAGACAACAAACAUCUUUCAAACAGGUCCUUAUAAUAUGCGUUAUUAUCAAUAUUAUAAAUGGCAUGGACCUUUUCUUGUUCAACUUGAAUUCAACGAUGGAAAUAUACGAGGUAACGGUGACGAUGAUGUUGGUUUAUUUGAUGUUACCGGAAGCUAUUCAACAAGUGACAAUCAUGUAAUAAUAACAAAACAAUAUAAACGCGGAACUGGUGAUCCGCAUGAAAAUCUUGGACAUCAAGUUAAAAUUGAUUUAAAAUGGAAUGAUCAAACACAACAAUUUGAUGGUCAAUGGACUGUCAGAACAUCAAACUAUUCUGGUCAAGAUAAAUUCGAAUUGAAAUUAAGACAACAAGCAGAGUCAGUGUAA